GCCGCCGGAGCAUAACACGGCGGAGGCAGAUGGCGGAGUUCAGCGGCGGAGGAUUACUGGCGGCGCUGCUGCUGUUCACGGCUCUGACCGUGAAGGACGUGUACGUGGGGAUGAACCGGGAGCAGAGCCGUGACCAGCGCGGCCCGACGAACGAGGCCGACGAUCGUGGCAGGUUCACGGCGGGAGAAGAAGGCGGGGAGGGCGGCCAAAGCCUGGAGCGGCGCCGGGAGCCGGGGCCGGUGCUGCGCUUCCAGUACUGUAUUUCCUGAGGGUACAGUAAAGUGUUCCAGGACUAUUCCAGGGCCAUAAACCAGAUUUACCCAGAGCUGCGGAUCGAGGGAAGCAACUACCCCCCCACCACCUUAAACAAAUACCUGGGGAACCUGAUUUUCUACCUGAAGCUCUUGGCCUUGGUCCUGAUCGUCUCUGGAACCAGCCCUUUUAGACUUUUGAACGCAGAACCCACCGAGUCCUGGUCCCGGAUCUGGACUUGGACACAGCAGAACAAGAUCUUCUCGUGCCUCAUGGCCUUUUUUGUCUGUAACAUGCUGGAGACACACUUCCUGUCCACUGGAGCCUUCGAGAUCAGUCUCAACGAUGUUCCGGUCUGGUCUAAGCUGCACUCCGGGUACGUGCUGAACCUGCAGGAGCUCUUCCAGAUCCUGGACUCCCACCUGAAGAUGAACCAGGCCCCGGUCUUCACUUAGACCUGGGUCUAAGUCUCACACUGGACGGUGUUUUCUGUCGUGACGUGGUGAGGAGGAGCCGAGGGGCUGAGGAUGCGGUUAAUGACGGCUGAGUUUUAAAGCAGAUUCUGAAGAAGCUCAGCCCGAUCUCGCUCCCGCCGUCUGAAGCCCAGCCCGAGAAACUACACUACCCACAAUCCACCUGCGCAUCACACGAGAAACUCCACAACUACAACAUUACAACACACAGAAAUCCAUUUGACGUGAUUUAUUUAAAACGAAUAAAAUCUUUUCUUUAAUUAAAA